ACGUCCACAUCGAUUAUUUUUAGAAAUCGAUAUUUCUUUCUAGGCCAGUUUUCAUUCUAAGUAUACGCUUUCUAGAAUGAAUAUAUGCAAUUAUUAUAGUGUAAUUUUAGUAUUGUUUAAUAUAUUUACAAGUGCAAUGUCAAUAGAUUGCUUCAAAUGUAUAUCGGUAAAUAGAGAUUUUCUUGCGUGCGAGGAUCCAUUUCACAAUAAUUUUACUAGUGAUAUUUAUGAAUCUCCAUGUAUGGGUGGAAGAAAAGGAAGGGAAGGCUUUUUUCCCGCCACUUCUUGUGUGAAAAUAACUGGCGUAUUUGAUGAUAACCAAACAUCAAUUACCAUAAGAGGGUGUGCUUUAGAUAGUGGUACAUUAACAACUGACACUGAAAUUGUCCGCAUGUCGCAUUGUGGGAGCUUUUACUAUUCGAAUAGGUAUGUCAAAGGAUGUGUUCAAAGCUGCAAUGAUGCUGACGGUUGUAACUCAGCAAAUAAAAAUCCUUAUGCACAUUAUUCAGGAUUUUCAGUAGUGAUUCCUUAUAUUAUUUUAAAUAUAAUUUUUACAUGAGAUUUAAAAUUAUAGCAACAUUCUCAAUUGUAUAAAGUACACCAAAUACCUUACAACCUGUUUUGGAACGAUUUGAAAAAAGUCUAACGCCUCAAUGUGAUAAUAUGCAUUUUAAACAAAUCAUCACAAUGUUUCAUUUUCUAUAUUUAUUUAUUUAGAACGAAAGCAUAUGGUUUGAUUAGAGUUACUAGCAUGUGACGUAGAUGUUUUUAAUGUUAUUGACUGCGUAGGUGCUCGAGUGCUCCAGCACCCACGAGAGAAAAACAGUGGAUACGGAGCACCCACGAGCAUAAGCAUCCAAACCAAUCAGUUUGGCAACUUUAAGCGACACUUAUCUUAUCCACCACAAGGCAAGAGGUCGCCCAAAAACUGUAGAAAGUUCUUUGGUACAUGCAUGAUUCGCAUUAUACUUUGGUAGUUUUUCGAAGAAAUCAAUUUCAAGAGUUCUAAGUAAGUUUCCUCGUCCAUUCUUAGAUAGUUAACCAAUUCUGCUUUUCAAAUUUUAAACCAUCCACGGCUAUGCUCAUAUCUAACAAUACUGUAUUCAUAUCCACGUUGGCUUAUGGUCAAUCAAUUUAGCUGGCUAAGUAUAUGAAAUGUGCUAUGUGAUUUGAAAGCUCGUUGUUUAUAUUUAUUUUCGGGAAUUUUUAGUUUUAACUAAAAAAAAUAAACUUGUUGAUCGGGACCCUAAACUGCCCCGAGUUUUUAGCUUGGUUCCUUUUGUAUCUAUAUAAAAUACAGUAACUGUGUGUGUCUGUUUUACUACCCUUACACGAUUGUAAUGGGCAUAAUUAAUAUUUUCACAAAUUGGUAUCUGUAUUAAAAACUUUUAUUACUGCAUAACUCAAAUUAAUAGAAGUGUAGGUAUGUUACACACGUAUAAAAUGUAAUAAAUACAACAAUCUGGAAAUUUUGCUACCCGGCGCCCCUGUUAUUGACUAAAAAUAUAUCAAAAUUCACCACAAUACACCAAAACACUGUUUUAAACGAAUGUUUAAAAACAUAGACAUCCAAUGAUGCGCGUUUCGCUAACCAUGUUAGAAUUAUCAUCAGCUGAUUAAAACUGUUAACAGUAACUAACAUGGUUAGCGUAACGCGCGUCCAGUGUAUAAAAUAGUGUUUAGGCGUAUUUUGAUGAAUUAGUGUUUUAUUUUGCUGUUGUAACACCAAAGGUUCCAACCCCUGACUGUAAUAACUUAAUAAUUAUUCUAAAUUGAAUUAUAUUCCUAAAAGUUCAUUGAACACAAUUUAUCUCUAUACAAAUGUGCGUAGUUUGUCCGCUAUAGGGCAUCAAACUUUAAAAAAAUAAACACAUUUUUUUUCAGAUAUUUUAAAAACCGUUAUUCCGAUUUGAAUGAGAUGUUUUGCUAAGUGCUCUAAUAUUUGGCUUUCAUAAAUUCUUGCUUCUGUCGGUGGAGUUGAAAAAUAUUUAUAUUAAAAUUUAUGUAGGAGUGGUGGUAGUUUUCACUCUUCACUUACCUUUUCUUGAUUUUUGUGAAAGUCAAAUAUUAGAGCACUUAGCAAACCAUAGACACCCAAAAUCUCAUUCAAAUAACGGUUUUUAAAUAUCUGAAAAAAUGUGUUUAUUUUUUAAAAGUUUGAUGCCCUCUAGCGGACAAACGAAGCACUUUUGUAUAGAAGUAAAUUGUGUUCAAUGGACUAUUUUGAUUCCAUAAAUACGUAGUAAUUCGAUGUCCACGGAAUACUGGGACACCCUGUAUAUAAUGUUAAAAAAAGAUGCAUAUAUAGUAUAGUAAACGCCACGAAUGUUUGGGAGU